CAACAUUUGACGUUGUACUACGUGAUAAACACUCCCAAGGAGAUUUGACUCAGGGACUUCAGGGUGGAUUUUUUUUCUUGAUAAAAUUGGUUUAAUUUGGUGAAAUACAGAAUUAAAGGGAUGGAUAUUGAGCUGGAGAAACAAGAGAGUGCAAAAGAUCGAAUAAGUGAAUGCAAUAGUGAUGUGAAUUUGAGCAUAAAAAAACCAAAGAGAGUCCUUCAUUUCUCUGAUGGGAUCCUUGAGGAAUUCAGCGAUACUGAGGAUGAAGUUGAUCAAAACAAGAACAAAGUUUUGGAUGUAUUAAGCGUUGAUGAGAGCCAGAUGGACUGGCCCACAUGGAUGAUUCAUAAAGCUGCUCGAACAAAAGAUACAGUCGUAUCGGGAUGUGAAUACGUUGGGGAGGCUCUGGCAUCCUUUCUGGGAAUCACAACGUCAAAAUUUGAUUUGGAGUAUGAGGAAUAUAAGAGGAGGGAGGAGGAGAAGGCACGAGAAGAUAGAGAGUCUCAGGGUUGGCAGACAAAUGAGAAUAAUGUUCCUGUCGUCCAAAAAUACUAAUUUAUAGAAUUACACUUAUCAGUCAGGAAGUCACAGAAAGAAUUUCUAUAUUUAUAUUUUUUACACUGUGUUAAUCACUUAAAUUGUUGUAGAAAAAAAAAAACUGAGUGGAAAAUUGAUAAACUUGAUGGUGUGACUCACCAUGUGAUGCUUUAAA